CCUUCCUCUCCUUCCUCGUUGCUGCCAGCUCCCUCAAGGCGUUCUUCUGUGGAAUAAAACCGAUUUUGAAGAUGAACUGUUAUAGUCUUCAGCAGAAUGCCUUUGCAGCAUGUGAAGAGAUGAGAGGCUCUACUAACCUUAUUGAUCAGAAGGAGCCUGUCAUUUGCCCUAAGCCACGGCGAGUUGGGGUUUUAUCUAACUAUCCUAUGAGGCACUUAAGAUGGCAUUUCAAUCAACAAGCUGAUGGUUCUGAUUCAAAAGCUGGGGCAGAGCUACUAGACAUUAUGUUCAAGAAGGAGAGUUAUGGAGAAGAAUUUGCAAAUCAGGCAGCUUCAUCUCCUCCAUUUUUUUGCGGAUCUCCUCCAAUGAGGGCUGCUAAUCCUUUGGUCCAGGAUGCUAGAUUUGGAGAUGAAAAGCACACUCCUAUAUCAGCAAUUUUAUCACCUUCAGGUUUACCAUCUCCAUCUUCAUCUGCAUCGCGUAAAGGAGGGUGUGUUAGGAUGAGUUUUGGUAUUAAACCAGCUGCAGUUAGAGUAGAAGGUUUUGAUUGCCUCAACAGGGAUCGCCAGAAUUCGCGCAUCCCUGCUGUUGCUUAAAUUCCAUCCAGAGAAGUGUACAUAGACGAGGGAGCUAAGUAUGAUCAAUUAUAAAAAUGACUUUAACUUAAGAAGUAGAAAGAAUAUCUGUGAGUAGUUUAAGGGAAAUGCAGAAAAAGCAAACCUUGUGUUUCUUGAGAAGGUUUGAUAUGUAAAGAGCAUGUUCUUUUGUAAUAUAAUGCGGUUGGAUCUGAGUGUCUUCUAAAUUUUUUUUAGGUCAUCACCACGAGAAUGUCCUGUAUAGAGAGUUGGUGAUUUUGCUUAUUAUCCAUGUAAAUAUGUUAAGCUAAAUAUGAUAUUAUGUCUAUUAUAUUUAAUGAAUUAAACUGGUAUUUCUUAUGAGAAAUAUCAUUUGUGGUACAGAA